AUUUCAUAGCGUCUGGUGUAAGAUGAUUGUUAUUUUAGAGGCGUACGCAAGUUCUGCUACUGAAUGGAAGUAUUAUGCAGCAAUCGCUUGUGUAGUAUUGGCUGUGAUCUUGUGUAUAUUGCUAUUCGUCAAAUUUACAAAUAAUGUAAAAAUUGCGUUGAUCCUGAUAGGAUUCAUAACGACACAGUCAAAAACGAUAGUGGAAGUGAGUCCCCGGUGCUCAGUUGAUUAACAGCCUUCGUCACUGCCUUAUUGAGAUUUUAUCUUCAACACGCUCAGGCAUCAUUCAUUCACUCACUCACUCACUCAGUGAGAUGCACUCCGAUUCACUCACUGACAAUGUCUAACGUUGAUGAUUUCAUCGAUUGAUUCAUUUCAUCUAUAUGCAGCAAAGUUGUUUGUGUUUCCUGUGAGUGAGUGAGUGAGUGAUUGACUGGUCCAGUAUAUUGUAAAUGUUCAUGAAGUUACAUCCGAAAUUCCGCCUUCCGACUACACGCGAUCCACAACACACGCAUACACACCUCUACACGCUGCAAUUCACAUUACUCAACCAAGUCGAUUUCAUCUUUUCACAAAGGCAAUCGCUAUUGAACUCUGUCUCCUCAACUAGAUUUCAUCACAUCCGUUUUAGUUCAAAAGCCUAUUUCUAUCAAUCUGUUUUUAUUUCGUUUUAUUUAUAUUUGUUGAUUUUUUGUCUUUUAUUCCUUCUAUUUUGCUUUAAUCACUGUUUACUUUCUUCUGUUUUGAAAUUUUUUGUUUCCUUUUCUGUUGAUUUAUUCUCAUUCCCCCCCCCCC